GAAGGCAGCACCAACAGCUACUUCCAGCCGCACCGUUCAGCUAGAAAACAAAAAAGCAAGAUGGAGGAGUACCCCACAAACACAAGCACCAACACGAAACAAACCGAAAACCUCGACGAACCACCCAACAGUCGGCUUUUCGUGGUUACAAGUCGGUCCAUAACAGAGGAUGAGCUUCGGGAAAGUUUCGCCGUUUACGGCGAUGUCCACGGGGUUUGGGUCGUCAAAGACAAGCAGACAAAGGAGUCCAAAGGCAUCGCUUAUGUGAAAUUCGCCAAGUCAUCCCAGGCCUGCAUGGCCAUGGAGGACAUGCACGGCAAAGUGCUGAUGGAAGGGACAAAACCCGUUAAGGUGUUCAUCGCUCAGUCACGCUCUUCAACAAGACACCGAGACGUCGAGGAUGAGGAGUUGACCAGGAUCUUCGUCAUGAUCCCAAAAUCUUUCUCGGAGGAGGACCUCAAGGACACGUUCAAAGAGUACGGUGAUAUUGAGUAUUGUGUGAUCAUCAAGAAUAAGUCCACAGGGGAAAGUAAAGGCCUGGGCUACGUUAGAUACUACAAACCCUCCCAAGCUGCCGUCGCUAUCGAGAACUGUGACAAAACUUACAGGGCCAUCCUGGCUGAACCCCGCACCAAGGCGCCAGCAACAGAAGACUACUCCGGGGGAAUGUCCAGAGGCGAUUACUCCGGAGGUGGCGGCGGUGGUGGUGGUGACUCCUCUAACCAAUAUGCCUUCCCUAUGGGUGGCGGUAACGCGCCCAGAAACACAGCAAAGCAGCAGGGAAGAAGACCGCUAGCAACCGACCCUGGUAACUACCCGGCCAUGGACUACCGCUCCACCAGCGGUGACUUCACGCGGUGCCUGAUGAUGUCGACGCGGGCCGCUCUGAGCCAGGAGCAGGUUUUCGCUCUCUUUGACAUCAUUCCUUGCAUGGAAUACUGUGAGCUGCAGAGAGACGCUUAUGGAAUGAGCAAAGGUCAUGCUCUGAUUCGCUACGCCAAUCUUGGAUCAGCGGUUUAUGCCAAGGAGAAGCUGAAUGGCUUUGAAUAUCCACCCGGCAACAGACUGUCAGUCAAUUUUGUUGAUGAUGGAGAGGACCGCAGCAGUCCUGUAGGUCGGAUGGCGAUGCAGUUUGUUGCUACUCAGAUGAUGUCUGCACCGUGGAACGGACCGUCCCCCAGCCAAUCAAUGAAGCCUCCUAGUUUCCCCAUCUCCCCAAUGCUCCGGAUUCAGACCGACGUCAACCUGCCGCCUCUGAAGAAGCUCGCUCCGCCGGACAGCAAGACCAAGGAGCGCUUGUUCGUCGUGUUCAGUCCGUCCCCGCUGCCCCCGGAUGUGCUGGAGGACGUUUACUGUCGAUAUGGCUCUCUUAUUGAGGUCCAUUUGGUUCCUGGAAGGAAGGUUGGAUACAUGAAGUAUGCAGAGAAACAGUGUGCGGAUGACGCCAUGGCAGCGCUCCACGGUCAGGUGGUCAACGGAGUGAAGAUGAAGGUGAUGCUGGCCGAUCCUCCCAGAGAGGAAUCCCACAAACGUCCUCGGAACUUCUAGGACCCACGUGACCACCUCCCCCCCCAAACAACCGGUAAGUUUUCUGCUGACAACUGAAGAAUUGGGUACCAAAGUAUUUCACUGUAAACGUAUCCUUUUGUAACGCCUGGUGUUUGAACGCUACACAUACACAUACACAGAGCAGAAAGCGCUAUUCCUCUGUUACAGUGUAAUAUGCUUCAGAUAGACACGAUACAUGAGCACUUCAAUCAAAGUUUCAUCUAGCGAAUAAAAUACUGUGUUGUUCUCACACACACACACACACACACACACACACACACACACAUGCCUGUGAACACCUGUUUCUGAUGAGUUGACUUGUUUCUGUCCCUGUGAAUAACACUGCAGCUUCUUGUUCCCUAGGCGACUGUUGUCAUGACACAAUGACACCUGACCCGACCCGACCGACCGAUAUCGAGACCUUCUCCCGACCACUGACCCGACCUUUGACAUCUGUCUGACCAGUGACCUUGCUGUGACUCGCUGAUAACAGUAAACAAACUGCUGAAAUGAGUCUGAAGCAUAUGAUCAUGUGUCGUCUGUGUUGUCUGAGGUGAGCGUUCAUUGUUUUCAUUGUUUCAAGUUGCAGCUUAGUUCAGGUGAUUGCCAGCAUUUUUUGUCCUGAAUAGAUUUAAGGUGGAUCUAGACAGUUGUUUUCCUCUCUUAUGGUAUACCCUGUCACUCUCUCUCCCUCUUCCCCCCCCCCCCCUCUCAUGUUGAGCUUAGUUCAAAGGUGUUAAUCAGUCUGUGAACCUUUUUUUUGUAUCAAUAAAAAUCAUUUGACCACGUUCAGCCAAUCUCGUCUCUUCUUCUGUAGCUGUGUGAUGAAUAGUCAGUUAUAGCAGUUUAAGUUAUAGUUUGAUCAUUUAUUUGAGAAUUGGAAAUUUGUUCAUCUACACUGUCUCACCACUGGGCAACUCGCGUCAGUGGCUUUGAAUCGCAUCCAGAAGGAGUAACUGCGUCCUGGUUUGCAGAGGCGCCAAAAUGUUUUACAAAUCUUAUUUUUAAGUUUAUAUUUUACUCUAAUGGUACCCAACCUGAAAUAGUGCCGUGUUUCAUCAAACUACCACAAACAGACUGGAAGGAGAGUACAUGUGUAUCUGUUGGUCUCGGAGUGCAAAAUAUAAAAUGAAUCUGUUGUACUUGAUGAACCAUAACAGGUUGAUCUGGCCGUGGUUGGAUAUGUGUACAUUUAAACCUGCAAUGAUAGAUUUAUUUCAUCAUACAAGACGCACACUGGAUAUACAGUAAUCUUUUAUUUCUUCAGGAGGCAUCAUGAGAACAUUAUUUACAUUUCUGGGUUUAUGAGGAGAUCAUUUGGUUUCCCUGCUGGGGUUUUAUUAUGGUCUGGUCAACGUAUUAGAAGCUCGAUCUGGAUCCUUCAAAAAGUUGAAUGAAAUUUCCAUAACAAUUUCUCAAACUCUUAUUUUGGUGUGAGAGCAGGUGAACAGAUUCAGUUUCUUACAACAGAAUCCCUCCUGUUCAUUUCCCUGCACUGUAUAACUUCAGUACUCUCGAACACCCUACGAUGUUUCAUUUAUUGAAGUCCCACCAUACAUGUGUAGUGCUUUCAUUUUAAUGUCUCACUCUGCAAAUCACUAUAUUCACUAUUUAACUGAUUUCUUUUAGAAGUAACUUUCGAACGUAAGUCGUCGAGCAACAAAAAUCGGACAAAAUUCUCUUAAUGGUAAAUUCUGACGAGCCACGACCGCGUCGCCACGUGGAGCUGACCCCGGUGUGGAGAUUUGGACAUCCGAAUGGAGAAAAAGCCGAGGACGUGGUGGGAUGUGAGAGGAGGCGAUACAGAAAACAGAAGGCGUC